GUUCUCAUCUGCCGGAAUUACCGCGGAGAUGUGGACAUGUCAGAGGUGGAGCAUUUUAUGCCAAUCCUUAUGGAAAAGGAAGAAGAGGGGACACUUUCUCCCAUUCUAGCCCAUGGAGGAGUUCGUUUUAUGUGGAUUAAACAUAACAACUUGUAUCUUGUUGCAACCUCUAAGAAGAAUGCUUGUGUGUCACUGGUGUUUUCAUUUUUAUAUAAAGUAGUUCAGGUUUUUUCUGAAUAUUUCAAGGAGUUGGAAGAAGAGAGCAUUAGGGAUAAUUUUGUUAUUAUUUAUGAGUUGUUAGAUGAGCUUAUGGAUUUUGGUUACCCCCAAACCACUGAUAGUAAAAUCUUACAAGAGUACAUCACUCAGGAAGGCCACAAACUUGAAACUGGAGCUCCACGUCCACCUGCCACUGUUACCAAUGCUGUAUCAUGGAGAUCAGAAGGGAUAAAGUACAGGAAAAAUGAGGUGUUCCUGGAUGUUAUAGAGUCGGUUAACCUUCUGGUCAGUGCCAAUGGAAAUGUAUUACGGAGUGAGAUAGUUGGAUCCAUUAAAAUGCGAGUGUUCCUCUCGGGAAUGCCAGAGCUGCGCCUGGGUUUAAAUGACAAAGUUCUCUUUGAUAAUACAGGCCGUGGCAAAAGUAAGUCGGUGGAACUGGAAGAUGUGAAGUUUCACCAGUGUGUUCGUCUCUCUCGCUUUGAGAAUGACAGGACGAUUUCUUUCAUUCCGCCUGAUGGAGAGUUUGAGCUCAUGUCAUAUCGCCUCAAUACCCACGUAAAACCACUGAUCUGGAUUGAGUCUGUGAUUGAGAAACAUUCCCACAGCCGCAUCGAGUACAUGAUCAAGGCAAAAAGUCAAUUUAAACGUAGAUCAACUGCCAACAAUGUGGAGAUUCACAUUCCAGUUCCAAACGAUGCGGACUCGCCAAAGUUUAAAACCACUGUUGGAAGUGUCAAAUGGGUUCCAGAGAACAGUGAAAUUGUCUGGUCCAUUAAGUCUUUUCCAGGUGGAAAAGAAUACUUGAUGAGAGCUCACUUUGGACUUCCAAGUGUUGAAGCUGAAGAUAAGGAAGGAAAACCUCCCAUAAGUGUAAAGUUUGAGAUUCCGUAUUUCACCACUUCAGGAAUCCAGGUUCGCUACUUAAAGAUAAUUGAGAAGAGUGGCUAUCAGGCUCUCCCAUGGGUUCGUUAUAUUACCCAGAAUGGAGACUACCAGCUUCGAACACAGUAAAACCCCUCGCAAGCACCACAGAGAACAAAACUUCAGGCCUAGAAUUUGUUUGCAGAAGCUUCUGUGGUACUGAGAGCUGUGAAUGUUGUUGCCAAGGGUCUUGUUUCUGCAGUCUUGGAUUGGCAGGACAGAGAUUGGAAAUUUACUGUUUUCAAUAAUGUGUUUGAGCAUUUGAAACAUUAGUAUUGAUUGUGUGAAUAUUUAUUUCAUUCUUAGAACAUGCUGAUCUUGCUGCUAAAUGCUAAUUCUGAGUAGCAGUUACCUUGAGGAGCCAGGAAUACAGAACAGACCUUGAGCAUGUCUUGUCAAUGCCUUGUCUGUUACAUCCACAAAGUUUCUAGUAUUCAUAUUUUAGGAUCUCUAAAGACAUUGGCAGGGUUAUGCUACAAAUUAGGGAGACAAUUGUGCAAUUAAAAUGACUGCUGAACACUUAGUUGUAUUUA